AUGAAGAAUCGAGUCCUAGUGAAAGGAUCGCCCAACACCUGCAGCGAAAUUGCUGCAUUAGACGUUGUUGAUGAUGGCAACGACAUGAGGCUCUCGGGGGCCCGAAUUUUGGGCGAUCUGGAUCCUUGCGGAGUGGGAAACUAUGAUGGCAAUGAUUGCAUGAUUCCGUCUACUGAAGGCGUCGUCGAGCAAAUCCUCACCCCGUAUUCGGAAGACGAUGGCGUCAACGAAAAAAUAAAUAAUAAAAUAAAAAUAAAUACGUUGCCUGUUGGCAUCCCUCUAUUGCUCGCUAGAAUGCCACGUGAACUAUCAAAAUAUCUUGAGGAUAUUAGUUUGUUUCGCGACCCGUCUUGA